AUGCAUCUACGAGAAAGUCCCUUCGACACUGUCGGCUUGGGGAACGGCACCAAUCCCCAAAGCCGUGAGACUAUCCCCCUCUCACCCCCCAUUACACCCGUGGAAGCCGUCCGAGUGGUGGCCAGGACGGUGUCAUUGCGCGAGGCCCCUGGCAGCAGGAUUGGUGAUGGCGGCCCCUUCCGACAGAACGAACUACUUCUAGCAUGGGCUUUGUUACUCCAACGGCAACGGGGCGCGGAUAGCCGAGUCGACCAACUAGUAUGGGGAUACCGGUGCCCCGAUGGGAUUGAGACAGCGGAACGGCUCUCGCUUUCUGCAGCUGGGAUUGAGUUGAGUCCGAUGAGCACUCGUAUCAUCUCAGAUAUUACAGAGGUGGUAGCGGAAACGACCCAGCGCGUUUCAGCCGUACAACCAUCGUCGCUGUUCUUCAACGAUGAGGCCCAGGGUGGAGUGUUGCAAAAGGGGUCGAAUCAACCACAAUGGACAUUCCAACUCAACGUGACAGAAGAAGCUGGAGUGUUCACCAUGAAGGGACUGUGGCAUACCGGGAGCGGCUUAACGCAGCAACAGGCCACCGACAGGGUGGAAACCUUUAUCGACCUCCUUGAAACCAUCUCACAACAACCGGGAUCACCGAUCAGUUCCCUUCUCGAGCUUCUACCACGGGAUCUGGACCAAAUAUGGACCUGGAACAGCGCGUUGCCGCCCACCAUCGACAGGACGAUGCACGACAUCAUCUCCGAGCAGUCCGAAGCACAUCCAGACAAGGUUGCUCUAUCUUCCUGGGACGGCCAAUGGACCUACGCCGAGCUCGAAACGCUGUCAACCCGCCUCGCCCACCACCUCACCUCACGCGGCGUCGAAGUCGGCACCAUCGUGCCGCUGUGCUUCGAAAAGAACCGCUGGACCAUCAUUGCCCUACUCGCAGUGAUGAAGGCCGGCGGCGCGUUCGCACUCACCGACCCAACAUCCCAGCCGGAAGCCAGGAUGAGGACCAUGGCCGAGCAGACCGGGGCCAGGUUGAUCGUGGCAUCCGAGGCACAGUCCGAUCUCGCUGGACGCCUAACACCGCCAGACGGCGGCGAGGUAGUAACUGUCUCCGAAGCCUCCCUAGCCUCCCUCCUACCAACCCCAAGCAGCACCAACCCCCUCCCCGCCCUCCCACCAUACACCACCACCACAACCCCCCCCCUCCCCACCAUCCCCCCCACCUCACCCCUCUACAUCCAAUUCACCUCCGGCAGCACGGGCAAGCCCAAAGGCGUGGUGAUCUCCCACGGCAACUACACCAGCGGCGCCCUCCCGCGCGCCACCGCCGUGGGCUACACUUCCACAUCCCGCGUCUUCGAGUUCGCCAGCUACGCCUUCGACGUCAGCAUCGACUGCAUGCUGUGCACGCUCGCGGCCGGCGGCACCAUCUGCAUCCCGUCGGAUUCCGCGCGCAUGAACGACCUGGGCGGCGCGAUCCGGACCAGCGGCGCCAACAUGGCGCACAUGACGCCCAGUGUGGCGCGCGUGCUGGACCCGGGUGUGAUUGCGGGCCUGGAGGUGUUGGGCUUGGGCGGGGAGGCGGUGUCGGCGGCGGACGCGGCCGCGUGGGGGAGGGGUGGGACCAGCGUGGUGAUUGCCUACGGGCCGUCCGAGUGGCCCGUUGUCGGCUUGGGUUACUUGGGAGAACCUGAGAAGACGGCCGAGGUGUUUAUUGAGGACCCUGCCUGGUUGCUUGCCGGGUAUGGAAGCAACCCUGGGAGGCGUGGCCGGCUUUACAAGACGGGUGACCUCGUGCGGUACGAUCCUGAGGGAUCAGGGGACCUUGUCUUUGUCGGACGCAAGGAUUCACAGGUCAAACUUCGCGGUCAGCGUGUGGAGCUUGUUGAGAUCGAACACCACCUUCGACGCCAUCUACCGAGCGAAGUGAAGUUGGCAGCCGAAGUCAUCAAACCAACCGGGGGCGAGCCUACACUCGUGACGUUUGUUUCAGAGCCUUUUCCCGGUCGAGCAAGGCCAAACGGACCAGGCGAAGAGUCGGAAGGCCAAGAGCUGACGUUCUCCGAGGAGAUGGUUCAGGCAUUAUCCGGGAUAGACGAGGUCCUAGGAGUCGAGCUGCCCAGGUAUAUGGUGCCGGCAGCAUAUAUUCCCCUGUUGGAGAUGCCGUCGCUCCCGUCAGCCAAGAUCGACCGGAAGAAGCUGAGGGCGAUAGGCGCCGCCACAACGCGGGAGCAGAUUGCCAGCAGUUCCCGUCGAGCACAGAGGGCCGAAACAGGGGAGGCGUCGACAGCGACUGAGCGGGCUUUGUUGCGAGUUUGGAAGACCCUGCUCGGGGACCAGACCGACAUCUCGGUCGGGGAUAGCUUCUUCGCCCUUGGCGGGGAUUCCCUGAGAGCCAUGAGGCUCGUGGCCGCCGCCCGGGCCGAGGGUAUUGUUUUGACCGUGGCAGAUGUGUUCCGUUACCCAGUUCUCCGAGACAUGGCAGUGAUUGCUCAGACGGCAACUCUUGGACGAAGUGAGGACUUCGAUACGGUACUUCCAUUCUCCCUUCUACCGGACGACUGGCUCCUCGAAGAGGCGCGUGAGGAAGCAAGCAAGCAUUGCAACAUCAGCCCAGCCGACGUCGAGGAUAUCUACCCAUGCACACCUUUGCAAGAAGCACUCAUGGCACUCUCGGCAAAAGCCAAGGAAGCGUACGUUGCGCAGCGGGUGCUGAAGAUGGAGAGCCUGGAGGCGGCAGAGACGCUGCAGGCAGCAUUCGAGGCCAUCGCCGCCGAUUCCCCAGUUCUUCGCACUCGCGUCAUUCAAGCAUCCCAACAUGGCCUCAUGCAGGUUGUGGUGGAUGAACCCAUCGUUUGGCGUUCAGGAAGGUCGCUGGCGGAGUACCUCGAGCACGACCGUGACGAACAGAUGGGACUCGGCGGCCCUCUGGUUCGGUACGCAAUGAUUCGCGCCGGCCAGGUUGCGCACUUCGUGUUAACGAUGCACCACGCCCUGUACGACGGCUGGUCCAUGCCGUUGGUGGUGGACCGCGUGAACCAAGUGUACCAAGGACUGUCAGCUCGCCGACCUGCUGCUGACUUCAAGCACUUUAUCCACUACCUCAAUAAGAGGCUGGACCGCGAUGCUUGUGACACGUACUGGCGGGACCAGCUCGCCGGCGCCACAGGGCAGCAGUUCCCUCGCCUCCCGUUCGAAGGGUACCAGACCCAGGCCGACACACUCUUGGAGGUCGACAUCUCUCUCGAGGGCCGCCGCCUUCCCGCUUGCCGGAACGCAACUGUCACCCUUGCCACGGUGAUCCGGGCUGCGUGGGCGGUAGUUGCUUCCCAGUACUGCAGUGGCAACACCGACAUUGUGUUUGGUGAAACACUAACUGGGCGAAACGCGCCGCUUGUUGGUGUUGAGGAGAUUGAAGGACCGAUGAUCACAACGGUUCCGGUUCGCGUGUCCAUCGACCGCGAUGCCACCGUGGAAGAGUAUUUGCAGUCGAUCGCACAGCAAGCCGUGACCCAGAUUCCUUACGAGCACGCGGGGCUGCAGCAUAUCCGGCGGCUGAGCGACGAUGCCCUCCAAGCAUGUGAACUACGAACCGGCUUCGUGAUGCAUCCUGCCACGGGGGAUGUUCCAGCUGACGACAAAACUCCGGCAAACGGGCUCGUGCCUGCGGGUGACUCUGAGGCGGCGCAGGAAGCACUCAAGUUCAACACGUACGCGCUGAUGUUGGUUUGCUCGCUGUCAGCGGAUGGCUUCUUCGUGAUGGCUAGCUUCGACUCGAAGACGGUUGAUAAGGCGACGAUGUCGCGGGCCUUGGAACAGCUGCGAGUUGUGGUGCAUCAACUUUGCGAAGGCAACGAGAGAGGGAUCAAGGUCCGGGAUGUGCACUGUUUAACCGAGGUUGAUGAAACAGAAGUGCAGAUGUUGAGCCAACAAGCAGCUGUUGAUGAUGCCAGCUUGGCCCGGCUUGGUCUGGCCAAGGAUGAUGUUGGAGGUGUUUGGAUCGUCGAUGCAGUUGAUUCCCAGCGUCUUCUCCCCAGGGGAGCAGUAGGCGAGUUGGUGGUCCAGACAGGGAAGAGUUUGGCUGCUCCUGCUGUUGCCAUCGAUAGACCUCAGUGGCUCGAUGGAAAGGGGGGACGACUCUACAGAACAGGAUUCCUGGCCACCUUUGGAUCCAACACCGACAAACCGACAUUGCAAAUCCUGAAAUCGACAAAAGCGAUGGGACAAGAAGUCGGCGCAAAGAGGGUUCCAUCCUCGGCUCCAGCUGUAACUGCCACCUCAACCAAGCAAAAGAUGCUUCGUCGCAUUUGGAGCCAACUACUCAACAUCAGUGAAGACGGUAUCUACCUUGGUGAUAGUUUCUUUACACGGGGCGGUGACUCCAUUACGGCCAUGAAACUUGUUUCUGAGGCCCGCCAACAAGGAAUGCAACUCAGUGUCGCCCAGGUCUUUGCCAACCGAACACUCUACGAGAUGGCCAACGUGAUGCAGCCAUCACCUACAGAUGCCGAAGAGCAAAGGGCAAUCACCACCCGACCGAACGCCAAUUACAAGGCCUUCUCCCUUUUCUUCAACAUCUUCAAGCAGCGGAUCCAGAGCAUGCUGCAGGACAGGUCUUGGAACAUCGUCGAUGUUCUCCCGACUCGCCCGCUACAAGAGAUUGCCGUCAAGGGGACCGUGGAACUGCCGCGCUUCUCCAUCCGAUACGAACUGAUUCACUUUGAAGGCACAGUGGACAAGGCGCGUCUGUUCAGUGCUUGCCGCGAAGUGGUGGCUCGCAACGAGAUCCUAAGAACAGUCUUCGUGCGACUCGAAGGGGUAUGCUUCAGCGUGGUGCUUGACGACUCCUUCGCCGUUCCCGUCGUGGAAUACGAGAUCGACGACGACGAGGUUGAACCCUUCGCCCGCCAACUCUCCAGCCUCGACUCCAAGACGCGGAUGCCCUACGGCUCUUCUUUCACCAAAUGGUUCUUCGUCACCAACGGCACCAAAUCCACCCUCGUCUUCCGCCUCUCCCACGCACAGUACGACGAGAUUGGCCUCCCAAUUUUCCUCAACCAACUACACCAACUCUACCAAGGCUCCGCCUCCAUCCCCGCCGCCUACCCCUUCUCCGCCUUCGUCAACCACACCCUCCGGCACGGCAUCCCCGCCGCGAUCCCCUACUGGCGCGACCUGCUCGCCGGCGCCAAGGGCAUAUCCAUCCUCCGCCCGCCCACGCCCAUCACCAGCCGGCGGCACUUCGCCCUCCACCGCGCCGUCGACAUCUCCCCGCGCGCCCGCGACAUCACCGUGGCAAGCUACCCGUCGGCGGCGUGGGCGCUCACGCUCGCGCGGCUCCUGGGCACCAACGACGUCGUCUUCGGCGAGAUAGCCUCCGGUCGCGGCGUCGACAUCGCGGGGGUGCCCGACGCCAACGCCGUCGCGGGCCCCUGCUGGCAGUACGUGCCGACGCGCGUGCGUUUUGGGGGUGGUCUGCGUACCGGACAUGACUUGUUGGCGGCGCUGCAACACCAGCACAUGGCUACGUCGUCGCAUGACUGUAUGGGGUUGGAGGAGAUUGUGCGGGAGUGUACGGAUUGGGACGCGGAUGGGGUGGACUGGUUCGAUUCGGUGGUGCAUCAGGAUGUGGCGCAUGUCGAGACGCUGCAGUUCCUGGGGAGGAAGGCUAAGAUGGAGACGGUGUAUCCGUAUGAGGAGCCCCUGAGGGAGUGGAAGAUUCAGGCGUUCCGGGACGGGGAGACGUUGACGUUGGAGGUGGUCACGUUUAAGUCGUGGAGCGAGCAUGCGGCACGGUUGCUGGAUGCUCUGGUUGCGGGCAUGGAGCAGUUGGUGCAGAGGCCCUGGGAGGAGUUGGAUGUUGUAUGACUGGGCCCUGGGUGACAUUCUCCUUGUUUAACUUUUGUUUCUUGUAUAUGGGUUUGUGCCCGUCCUUGUUUUGAUAUGUGGUUUGUUGUUUCUUCGAAGGGAUAGUAUGGGUUCCCUUGCUUGAUGCGGCUUGGAACGACCAACCCGAGAGGAUCGUGGAAGAAACUAUGGAUAUAGCGGAC